CCUGAGAAAAUGUUGUUCAUCAGACUACUGGCUAUCUUCCUCAUCCUCAUUACAAACACAUGGCUGCUCAACCCAGUUCGCUCCGACUCUCCCAGCCGCUACAAGCGCUCCUUGGCCCGGCGGGCAGACCGUGAGCUUUCCAGGCUAACAGGUGAACCCUGCGCCGUCUCCAGCCUGUGGCGGUCCCUACGGCCGCCUCGCUCCCCUUACCCGGCCCAACACCGCCCUCCAGCGGUCCACUCGAGGACAGCCACGAGCCGGAGAGCACUGUACACAGUGAAGAGCGCUCCAGCGGUUUGUGAAGGCGGGUGCAGGUUUGACACCGGGGUGCGACGGGUCGCUUCGGCGGGGAACGACAAGGGAGGCUGGGGUGACAUCGAAGACGCGGUAGUGAGAGCGGAGGCUGGAUAUGCUUCGUUACUGGGGCGCUUUUAUAAGAAAGGCCAUAGAAAUAACGAUAGAGACGCACAUCAUGUCGGUAAAGACAUCACCCUGCAGCCUGGGAUGUUUUUCUCUAAAGACGCCGGGCAGGUUGUUUCUGAGGGACACACGCGGACCCCACGCGACCUUCGCUCCAGGUUUGCACGCAGCCUCGAUGGGAAGCGCCGUUACUGGGAAGUGGACGACUCCGGGUGGGGGAAAGUUUUGCCCCAAAGCUCCACUGAUUCCACUGGGCGCCAGGUCCUCCCCAGACAUCAGCAGGGUGAUGGAGACAACCAGUCCUUGAGGAUGACAUCGGAGGACGCUGUGGAAGAUUACUCCGGGGAGGUGGAGGAUGCUCCCGUCAGUUUGCCCAUAGACAACUGGGUAAGUCCCGUGCCAAAAGUACCCCCCUCUUGGAUGACUGCCCUGUACUUCAGCGGGCGUCAGGAGCAGCUUAAGGUGAAACUGUCCGAGGAAGUUGAGCUGCCAAGGGCCAUGUUCAGCCUGGAGCUGUGGGUGAAGCCAGAAGGCGGGCAGAGCAACCCUGCGGUCAUAGCAGGUGUGUUUGACAACUGUUCCCAUUCGCUAAGUGAGAAGGGUUGGUCAGUGGGCAUUCGCACUGUGGAACAAGCAGGCACCAAAGAUGCACGCUUCUACUUCAUGCUUCGUACCGACCGUGCUGUGAAAUCCACCACAGUCUAUAGCCACCACCGGUACCGAGCCAAUGUCUGGACUCACCUCAUGGCCACUUACAACGGCCAAAAAAUGACCCUGUAUGUUGAUGGAGCUAAGGUGGCAGAAAGUAGUCUCCAGUCUGGGAAUCUCUACAGCCCCUUCAUGAAGACCUGCAGAACCUUGUUCCUUGGAAGUAAACAAUCCGAUCAGGGACAAAGCUUCAGGGGCCACAUUGGAGGUGUGGUCUUGUGGGGCUAUGCCCGCUCCCAUGAGGAUCUACUGAAACGACCACUUCAAGUAGACAUGAGCAAGCCAGUUCUGGCCAUGUGGGCGGAUUUCACUAAUGUGGAACGGAUGUGGACCCCAUAUAAAGUUGGCCUCCACCCGACUGUCAUGACCACUCCUGUACCUGACCAAGAACUUGUCUCCUCAUACCUGCCACCACCCUGUGGCCUGACACCAUGCGACAACAUAGACAUCAUCCUUGGCUACAACAGCAACUGGCAGCUCCGUACUCCCAAGCGAGUUCGCUACCGGAUUGUCAACCUUGCCAACGAUGAUGGUGGAAAUCCCAUAGUGACUUCAUCCCAGAUCCAGCUCCAGCAUCGGGCUCUGAACGAGGCCUUCCGGCCUUACAACAUCACCCUGGAUCUCAGUGUCUACACGGUCAAAAAUUCCAGCCUUCGACAGAGGUUCAUCCUAAGCAACUGUCGAAUUGGGAAGAUCGGGAACCGUCAAUGUGACCCUGAGUGCGACCACCCGAGGACAGGCCAUGAUGGAGGGGAUUGCCUCAGGCUGGGGUCGUGCUAUAACUGGAAGAGACAGGAUGGGGUUUGUAACAUGGAGUGCAACAGCAUACACUACGACUAUGAUGAUGGAGAUUGUUGUGAUCCAGAAGUCACAGAUGUCCUGAAGACCUGCUUUGAUCCUGAAUCUUCUGACAGAGCUUAUAUGAGUGUGAAAGAGCUGAAGGAGGAAUUAAACCUGAGUGGCACAGACACCCUUAAUAUUUUCUUCGCCAGCAACUCGGUACGUGAAGAACUGGCAGGAGCUGCAACCUGGCCAUGGGCUAAGGAGGCUCUUACACACCAAGGUGGGAUGGUCCUAAACCCAUCCUACUUUGGUAAAAUGGGUCACCACAACACAGUGAUCCAUGAGAUGGGACACAUAUUUGGACUGUACCAUGUCUUCAAGGGAGUGAGUGAGCGAGACUCCUGUGACGACCCAUGUCAGGAGACUACGCCGUCCAUGGAGACAGGAGAUCUGUGUGCCGACACAGCCCCAGCACCCAAAUCCAAAGCCUGCCAUGACCCUGUAGCUGUCAAUGAUACAUGUGGGUUCAUCACCUACCAGGACACCCCUUUCAGGAAUUACAUGAGUUACACAGAUGACAACUGCACCAACCACUUCACUCCAAAUCAAGUAGCCAGGAUGCACUGUUAUCUUGACUUGGUCUACCAGAAGUGGCUGAUGGACCGUCAACCAGCCCCUAUUCCUCUUGCACCCAUAGUGACUGACCAAAGCACAGAUUCUGUCUCAAUUUAUUGGCUCCCACCAUUACGAGGGCAGCUCUAUCAAAGCUCCUCAUUCCAUGUGUCUGGCAUCAAUUGUGGAGACUGUGAGAAGGACGGCAUCUUCCAUCAAUAUGCUCAUGAGGCGUCCUCACCUCGCAUCUGUGAUACUUCAGGUUACUGGACACCAGAGGAAGCAAUUGGGCCGCCUGAUGUGGAGCAGUCCUGUGAACCUAGUCUCCAGGCAUGGAGUCCUGAGCUGAGUCUCUAUGACACUAAUGUGACAUCGCCAUGUCCCGAAACAGAGGGCUGCACCCUCACACUGAGAUUCCUACACCCUGUCAUUCCUCACGCACUUACGCUCUGGGUCACCUACGUCUCUUCAAGCAACCCAGCCAUAGCAAACAUCGAGCUGAUUACUGAGGCGGGGAAAAGCAUUAACCUUGGACCACAGCAUGUCUACUGUGACAUCCCGCUCACUAUGCGCCUUGACACCCAGAAUGUUGCCAUUGCUGCCAUAAAACUCUGCACCUUUGAUGAGAAAAUGGAGAUUGAUGCAGCAAUGUUAUCUUCAGGCCCUGGUAGCCUUCUCUGCUCCGGCUGCCAACCUCUGCUGUACCGGGUGCAGCGGCAGCCACCUUUCACCAGUAAAUCCCCCUCCCCUCAAACCCAGCAAACAUUCACAGACAGCUCUGUUCAGCAUGGCAUCAGCUACCAGUAUACAAUCCAGGUGGAAGCCAAUGGUCUCCUCAGCGAUCCCUCAUCGCCUCUGCUGUACAAGCACGGGCAAUCCUACUGUGGAGAUGGUCUCAUACAGGGGACAGAGGAAUGUGAUGAUGGUAAUCUGUUGGAUAGUGAUGGCUGUUCUAAGAAAUGCUACAAGGAAAAAGGCUUUAACUGUAAUGGUGAACCUAGUCAGUGUUAUGUUUUCGAUGGCGACGGUGUGUGUGAGGACUUUGAGCGGAGCUCCAGUGUUCGAGACUGUGGUUUUUUCACACCUUUGGGGUAUACAGAUCAGUGGGCAGCCAGUGCCACUGCUUCUCACCAGGACCCCAACCACUGCCCUGCCCAUGCUGCCAUAGGGGAGCCAUCACUUACCAAGCUUUGUAGGUAUCAGCACUUGGAGGUGAACGAUGGAGCGCUUACUGAUGCCUGGUUUCCAUGCACGGCCCAGUUUGACACAAAUAAUGGACUGGAACAUUCAUUUUGGCUAAAGGUGGGAUUUGUCCAUCCAGGAGUGGCGGCCUCUGUGAUGGUGUAUUUGGCCUCGGAUGGUUCAUGGUCUGGGGAACAGUGUCGCAGGACAGUCACUGUCCUCCUCUCUGAUGCUAAUGGCAAGAACCACUCACUAGGCACACAUGACCUCUCAUGCCACAGAAACCCGUUGGUGGUGAACGUGACCCAUGACCUCUCUCAGCCCUUCUUCCUCACUUGCUCCGUUAUUCUCCUCUUCUCCUCGCCCUCUGUGGCAGUCAGAGGGGUGGCUCUGAGGACCUCCUGCCACUUCAGCACCUUCGCCCUGACCGGCUGUUUGCGGCAGCCGUGUCAGAUGGACAGCUGCAGUCCUCUGCAGAUAGAUCAUGCUUCUGUCGGGUGCACAGGAGGAGAGGAGGCCUCUCGCUGCUCUGUUCAGUGUAACCGUGGUUACAGUAUAACUGUCCUCAGUGGCAGGGGGACCCCACCACACCAGAGAGCGACAGAAUUGGAGUGUUUUCAUGGUUCAUGGGACCGUAAGGUGAGCUGUCAGCCUGUGGACUGUGGCCUUCCUGAUGCGUCUCACAUCUAUCACGCUAUAUUCAGCUGCCCCCUGGGGACCACCUUCAGCAAACACUGUUCCUUCACCUGUGGAUCACCGGCCAUAUUGCAGGGUGACAGUGAUCGGUUGGAGUGUUUGGAGGAUGGGCUGUGGUCUUUCCCAGAGGCUUAUUGCAAGAUUGAGUGUCCAGAGACUCCAAACAUAUCCAAUGCCAAACUGCUAACUGCAAACUGUCUGGCUUCAGGACAUGAUGUUGGCUCUGUCUGUCGUUACAAAUGCAACCCAGGCUUCUAUGUAAUAGGGAGCCUCCAAAAGAAUAUGCCAAGGAAGUACUUCAAGUUGGAAUGCCUGGAGGGAGGGCAAUGGGAGGAAAGUGACUGUGAGCCAAUAUCCUGCUCAGCACUACCUGAUGUAUUCCACGGCAUGUACACCUGCACCAACGGCCUGCACUAUGACACCGUCUGCACUCUUCAGUGCCCAGACACUUCAGAAAAUAGGGAAAUUCGCUGCACCAAGGAUGGGAAGUGGACAGCAGAGUUUACUAUGUGCUCCACACUCCAGGGAUCCUGCUCUCCUCCUCAAGAUCUUAACUCUGUGGAGUACAGCUGUGACCAGGAGAUGAAUAUCGGGGCUGUGUGCUCUCCAACAUGCAUUGUUGCUCUGGAUAUGGAUCUUCAUGACCCAGUAGUUCUGCCCAACAACAUCACAGUUAACAGUUUGAAGCACUGGAUGUUGUCCACCACUGUCCAGCGCAUAGUGUGCACCGGAAUGAUGACUUGGUAUCCUGACCCUCAAAACAUCUAUUGCAUCCAGUCAUGUGAGCCUUUUGGAGGGGAUGGCUGGUGUGACACCAUCAACAACAGGGCCUACUGCCAGUAUGAUGGAGGAGACUGCUGCCCGUCUACACUCUCCACAAAAAAGGUCAUCCAGUUUGGGGCGGACUGCAACGAGGAUGAGUGCACUUGUCGUGAUCCGAACGCCGAGGAGAACAGGAACAAAGUCAAACACUUGGACAGAGGAAGUGGAGCUGGAGGAGGAAUGCAAUAAGACGGAGGGAUAAAAAAUACAUCAAAUAUAUACCACAACAAACACAGAAUAUCAGAUCUGAACAUUUUUUAUUACAAAGAAUUCGACUGAAGACAGACUUUGUACAACAGAAGGCCGUUUUAUUUGAUCAUAAUACAUUUUAUUGUUCAGUGGCAUCGAUCGUACUCAAGUUAAAAGUUAUCUUUAUUGUAAAAACAGAGAAUGUUUUGAAGAUCAGAGCCUGACUGACUGCAGCGCCUCCAAAAAUCCAACUCAUCGUAAUUGAAUAAAAUCAUUGUUGUAAAUGUGCUCCAGGGUUUUUCUGGACCUGAUUAGUGUUGGAGCAGACAAGCGUCUGAGUCUGAGAUCUUUACACUUUAGAGCUACUGGCAAAAAAAUACUUUAACUUAAAUCACACCAUGGCCCAAUCACAGAAUGGUUGAAGUUUGUAUGUAUGACUUUAUUCUAAAAAAAUCAUAAAACCCUCACCAGUCUGUCCUUGUUGAGGACCAAACAAACCCUCCCAAACCCCGACAUUACUUCAGAUCUUAUUAAAAAUGUCUGAAAUGUAGCUAUUAGGGCUAAGCGGAUUCAUAUCUGUACAGACUAACAUGUAUAGAUAAUAUAUUUGGAUCAUCUAACAUAUGCACUUAUGUACAAUUCCACUUAUUAGUCACCUAAGUCAAUAUUCUCUGCAAAAGUCAAAUAUUGUGAUAAUUAGACCUAAACCUAAAUAAAAGGUCUGUAAUGUCACAUAUUGACUGUAACAGGAAUGCAGUCAUAUUUACCUUCUUAAUCUCUUUAGAAAAAUACCACUGACACAGCUCUGCACAUAUAACGAAAUGUUGGAGUACACAGACAAAAAAAAGAAAAAAGAAAAAAAAACUUAAAUCUGAGGAGAUAAUCCUUUCA